GGUGCAUGCUGCCUCCCUUCGGUCACAAUUCUGGCUCCACGAGGUUCAAGCUUAUGCAUGAAUUUGCUACGAAAAAGUCAAUUCGUCAGAGAUUAUCAUUUCCGAUCAUGUCCGGUGCGGCACCGUCAUUGCAAGGGCUCACGUUGGAUGAAGACGCAAAUACACCCUCGGCUUCCGCCAGCCAGCCCGUCGAUACUGCACAGGAUGGCAACGGCAACGCUCAUGGUCAUAUAAGCAACACGGUCCAUGUGAAAGGAAAGCCAAAAGCGGGAGGGGGUGGACGAGGAAUUGGCGGUCGCCAAGAGGAUAGCCCGGAUACGCAAUUGUCGAAAGCGCUUUCGUACAUUUUGCGACAUGGCGCCGCCUCUGAAGGGUUGAAGGUCCUGCCUGACGGUUACGUCGAGCUGGAAAAGGUGCUUACGCGGCCGAAGAUUUCAAAAAUCAAGAUGCCUCCCCGCUCGAAGGAGAGGCUUGGUAAUGGUGGUGGCGGUGGCGACGACGAGGAGCUAGAGGCGCGCGAUGCUACUCCCGCCCAAGCUGCAGGAGGCAGAGAAGCAGUGCAGGCGAGCAGCCGUGCGCCAGACGUGCAGGAUGUGCUGGAAUGUGUCGACUCGAAUGUGAAGAAGCGCUUCCAAGUCAGGCAAGAUGCUGAAAUGAACGGAGGAAAGUGGUGGAUUCGCGCGGUGCAAGGUCAUUCCAUGAAGGACGUCGUCGAUUUGGAUCAUGUACCACUUACGCUGUCCAACCUCGCCGAACAUCUCUCAGCCUCCUCUUCUUCCAACUCCUUGGAAACUCCAUCGACCACACACCCGACGUACACGCUUGUGCAUGGCACGACGCCGAUAGCGUUCACCCAAAUCCUUGCGACGGGCGGACUGCUGAGCAUGUCGCGCAACCACAUCCACCUCGCCAAGGGCAUACCCGGUGCAGAAGGCGUAAUCAGUGGGAUGCGCACAAGCAGCAAGGUCCGUAUCUUUGUGAAUGUCGAGAAGGCGCUAAAGGAUGGAGUGCAAUUCGGCGUCGCAAGCAAUGGCGCUGUGUUGACGCCGGGUGUCCCUUAUACGCCGCCGUCGCCACCAUCUUCGAAUACAGCAGAAGGGAGGUCCGGCGCACAUGCCGGCGCUGCAGCGCCCUCAUCGCCAGCAUCGACAGCGGCAGCAGUGGAGCAAGCCCUAGCCCCGACACCAAACGCAGCCCCUUCCGACACUCCAAACCAGCGCAAGUACCCACCGCGCAAACCGCGGCCACCGCAGGCGAGCAAGUCACGCGCCAAGGCUGCCAGCGCGCUGUCCUCUUCUGGGCUGCUGCCGCUCAAGUACUUUGCGCGCGUCGAAGAUGACAAGGGUGGCAUCCUCUGCCUUCCUCAUUCUUUCUCAUCUGAUGAAGGGCGCGCAGAGUAGUCUGUAGCGGGAAUGUUCGGUGAGCAAGGCGUGCAGGAGGAGCGGCUGACAUACGGGACGGAUGAGUUCCCUGGCAAGGAGAUUUUUAAUAUGUGUCGAAAUACAGCCUUGUUUGCUUCUGCUGUAGGGACUUCUAUCAUUUUAGUGGCCUAUAUCUGGCGCGAAUACCAUUUACGGUCCGUCGCCUCCACAUCACAUCCUGCUCUACUC